AUGCCCACCGACGUCGACGAUGCGCACAUCUCCGUGCGCUUCAAGUACGGCAUUCACACUAUUUUCCUCUUCAUCGACUCAUUAGCCCCCUUCUCCUCCGUCACCCAAGAACUGCUAGCCGUCAUUAGAGAAAGAUAUCCCGAUGGCCUCACCAAGUCAACUUCUGCGCCCGAUGAGAAGACGCCGGUGCCAGCUGACGCAAACAUUACCUACGGAGUUCUGCGUGCACCCGCUGAUCCGUCCAAAGGAUGGAAGCCACUGAAUGUCGGCCAAGAUGCCUCAAAUACUCCUACCAAGUGCGGACUCAAGGACAAUAGCAUUGUCGCUUUUGCAUUCCCGCUUGCAAAUGAAGACGAGAUCGAGGCUUUAGAGGGGGGAGACGUUGUAUUUGAGGUUGAGUGGCCGCAGGAGGAUGAGGCGCUUUAUGAGCAGUGA